AUGCAGCAGGCGGAAACCGGCUCCGUUAGUGGCCCACCUGCUGCUUCAGCACGUGCUGCUGCGGCUGCUGCAUCUGCUGCAUCGGCAGCAGCAGCAGCAGGAGUAGCAGCAGCAGCAGCAGCAGCACCACAUGCUCCCAGCAGCAGUCCAGCGCAGCUUCCUCUGCGUGAUGAACGAUGCGGAGCUCCGGUCGGGGGCCUCAGCAGCUGCAGCAAUGCUAGCGAGGGCACCAAUGAAGGCGGCAGCAGCAACUGCAGCAGCAGCAGCAGCAGCAGCAGCAGCACUGGCCGCCCCUUGAUAUCUUUCUCCCUCACCCCUAGUGCGUAUGAACGGCCCCGCAUGCAGCGCCUACAAAACUCAGCAGCUGCAGCAGCAGCAACAAGGGAGCACCUGCAGCAAGAUGAGGGCCGCAGCAGCAGUGCAGCGCCGGCUGCUGACAGCCCCCAUGCAGCAGCAGCAGCAGCAGCAGCAGAUGGAGCUGCAACAGCAGCAGCAGGCAAUAGAGGCGCACAUAGAGAGUCCUCAGGCGCGGAUACAGCCGACUCGUGCGGCUCCGCAGCAGCAGCAGCAAGAGCAGCUGGUGCAGCAGCAGCAGCAACUCCAGCAGCAGAAGCUGAUCCUGCUGCAGCAACGACUGCAGCAGCAUCAGGAGUUGAUUCCUCAGCAGCAGCAGGAGCAGCAGCAGAAGAAGCUGUGGAAGGAAACACAAUGAGCCUGGGUGCCUUCAUGCGGCGAGGCGGCAGUGCAGCAGCAGCAGCUGCAGCAGCAGCAGCGCGUCGACGCCGAUAUCCGGAAGUAGCAGCAGCGGGCUGGGAGCCGCAGCAAGCUACUGCUGCUUCUGCUGCGAGCAGCAGCAGCAGCAGCAGCAGCAAUGACAGUGCGAUUGCAGCUAUUUCUAGUGGGGCGCAUGUGCUUGCUCCUGGUUGUGUUGCUGCUGCAGCUCGAGUUGCUGCAGUAGCAAAAGCAGAAGCAGCAGCAGCAGUAGCUUCGCUGCACCCGAGUCAGCUAUGUUUGGUAGGCUCAUCAGGAGCAGCAUCAGCAGCAGCAGCAGCAGGAGUUGCUGCAGUGCUUCCGUCUGCUGCUGCUGCUGCUGCCUUCCGCAGCAAAAGAAAAAGAUUAAGAAGCAGACGCAUUGUUUUGAGCGAAGCUCAGUGGGAGGCUGCUCUUGCUGCUACGAUAGAGAGGCGAUAUUACCCUGAUCUACCGCUGCUGCGGUUGCUGCAGCAGCUGCUGGCAGCAGAAGGUGAAGGAGAUGAGAAGAAGGCGCAGCAAAUCGCUCACAAGAUUUCGUAUCUAGCUGCUGCAACACCAGAGCAUCUACAGUCCGCCAAGAGGCAGCAGGAACUGCUGCUCCUGCAGCAGCAGCAGCAACAGCAACAACAACAACAAGAGCAGCAGCAGCAGCAGGAGCAGCAGCAGGUAGUUGCGGUGGAAAGCGCAGCAGAAGAAGAGGAGUCUCACAAAAGGCAUAAGACGUCAGAAGCGCCUCAGCAGCAGCAGCAGCAGCAGCAGCAAAAGCGGCACAAGAAGCACAAGCAGCAGCAGCAGCAGCAAGUGAUAGAUGAUGAAGAUGAUGAGGAGCCAGUUUUGCUGCUGAAGGAAGUAAAGCCGGAGCUCACAGAGCUGCUGCACGAUGAUGUCAUUGACGUAGACGCAUGCAGCAACAGCAGCAGCAGCAGCAGCAGCAGCAGCGACUCCGAAGAUGAGGAGGACGGCGACGCUGGCGGUCUCUUAGACGCCGAAGAACUAGCGAAGCAGCAGAAGCGGCAGCAAAAGCUGCAGCAGCAGCAGCAGGAGGCGAAGCAGCAGCAGCAGCUGCUGCUGCAGGAAGCAGCGCAGGAGCAGGCAGCACUGCAGCAGCAGCAGCGACGGCAGCAGCAGCAGCAGCAGCAGCAACGGAAGAGAGAGCUUGAUAUUGAUCAGUUCUUUGAUUUGUUUACUUCAGAGGAUCAGGCAAGCGCAGAGCAGCUGCUGCAGCAGCGGGAGCAGCAGCUGCGAGAGAAGCGAGCUUCUCUGUGGGUGCAGCAGCAGCAGCACAACAGCAGGCAGCUGCUGCUGCAGCAGCACACUGUAGCAGGCAGGACAGUGCCCGAAGGCCCUGCUGUGGGGUUUCACCCGGGAGCGACUCGCCUCUUCUUCAAGGGGAUCGAUGGAGACGACGAUCCCCGCAACUUCAUGCCAAGAGGGGAGGUGCAUGCGGAGUGUACGCGUUUUACUACGCUGCAGCGGGAGCUGCAGCAGCGGCAGCUGCAGCAGCAGCUGCAGCGUCGUGUUGAAUAUCACUUGAAUACGAAGAGCAGCGAAAUGCAGCAGAUGGUGCAGCACGGAGAGUUUAGACCCCCGCCGCAGCAGCAGCAGCAGCAGCAGCAGCAGCAAAAAGGAGUUCAUAUUGCAGGCGAAAGGCCUUUGGGUUAUUCUUUCGUUAAAUCGCCUGUUGCUCUACCUGCUAAAACUGCAGCAGAAGCUGACACCCGGAAGCUCACUUGGGGUUCUUUGUUGAGUACACCGGUGUUAGUGCAGAUAGGAGCAGCAACUCCUUGCAUUGCUGCUGCUGUUGCUGGCGACCCUCCUCCUCUUCAUUCGCAGGUUUUAGGUUUUAAGAUGCCUGAGCCCGUAGGUAGAGAAGCUGCUGCUCUGCGGCUGCAGCAACAAGCAGCAGAGAAGCAGCGGAGGAGGCAGCAGCACCGUCAGGUCUUACGCGAAGAAGCAGCAGCAGCUGUUGCCGAAAGAAACAUCAGCAGCAGCAGCAGCAGCAAGUAUGGCACAGGCAGCAUCAGCAGCAGCAGAGGCAGCACUCUCGGUCUUGCUGCUGCAGCAAUGCGGAGGCUUGUACGGGCGCGCAGCACCUCGGGAGCAGCCAAGACUAGCAGCAGCAGCAGCAGCAGCAACGCACAGAUUGCUGCUCUCAUGCAGUCUCCUCUGCUGCAAGCGCUUUCUACUAGAUUCGCACAAGAAGCAAACUCUGACUUUAAAAUGCAGCGCUCUUCCGCCAUAAAGCCAAAGGGCAGCAGCAGCGGGCGCGCGAGAAACAGCAGCAGCAGGAGCGUCAUAUCUGUAAACACAUCGGCAACACCGCAGCUGCCUAGCAGCAGCAGCAGCAGCAGCAAGUAG